AUGAGACGGAUACUCUCUGAAUGCAGUGCCUCUGAAAGAAAAUCACUGCAGGGCUUAGAUUAUUUUGCUGCUGAAGGUGCUCGCGCGUUAGAUGAUCUCGUGGCCCUCGUACGCCAAAUAGGGGAAUUAGGUUCCGGUAAGGAGUGGGAGACUACAGUUGUACAAGCUCCUAUGACAAGCAAGCAGUAUUUGAAGGUGGACUAUAAGGUAAUGUGAAUUCUGUCUCCAAAAGACAGCUUGAAUAAAACUAAAAAUAAGUACUUACUUUACCUCAUCAAAAAAAUCAUUCCGUAAAAAAAAUAUUUUUUGUACUCUUUUUCUUCUCUAAAUGGUGCACGUAUAAAUAGCUCACAUAAAUUCUCGAGAUUAACAAUGCGCGCACGAGGAUAGUGGUCUUUUCUAAGGUUAAGGUUAAAAGUUAUUCGUCCCCUUACGUUAAUAAUAUUUGUUAGAUUAAAAAAUCAUUUGAUUAACUAUUAUAUUGAAGUAUAAGCACAGACAAACAGUAAUCUCAACUUUGUUUUGUCAACAGGUUCAUGUCACUAGCCCCUCUAAUGUAGCAGACCAUUGUGUGUUCUUUGCUCUUAGCGACAGUAGUGAUGCAGAUUACCAGCAAAAAUGCAGUCACUAACACAUUGAUCUUUGUGACCGUUGUCAAAGUCUUCAGGAAACUCUGGCAAAGAUUGAACGACGAGACGACCUUUUCGACUCGGACGCAAAAGACGAAGCGCUAUUUAUAUUCCAGACAGCCCAGCUGGCCAUAAUGUCCUGGAAAUGCCACAUCCUUGGAUCAGCUAACCAAGACCAAGCGAGAAUAGAUGCACUGGAGAAACUUGACGACAACACUGUUUUGAUAAUUAACGACUGGGCCAUGAAGUUCCUGCCACAAAAAUACAGAGAGUCCCAAACCGACUGGUUUGGUAAGCGAGGCAUCUCCUGGCACGUUUCUGUCGUAUACCGUCGUGUGAGCGGGGUACUCCACUGGCAGUGCUUUCUGCACAUAGUCCAGUCGUGCAAUCAAGGCAGUGCUGCAGUGGUUAAAAUCAUGCAGGAUGUCCUAAAUACCAUCAAGCUGGAGCACAGUGAGAUUAACAAGGCGUUCUUUCGCCAAGAUAACGCAGGAUGUUAUCAUUCGUCGUCCACCGUACUCUCAUGCCCAGUGAUAUCCUCCUCCACCGGCAUCGAAAUCAAGCGCAUUGACUUUUCUGACCCACAGGGUGGAAAAGGUACCGCAGACAGGCUCGCUGCAACCUGCAAGAAUCACGUCAGGACUUUCAUAAACGAAGGAAAUGACGUGACCAAUGCCGAACAACUGAAGAGUGCUCUUCUUUCGCAUGGCGGGAUAGAAGGAGUUCGAGUUGAUGUCAUGCAAAGUGUUGAAUAGGAAGCAGUAGUAGAUGACAACAGAAAGAUUAUUGGUAUCAACAAAUUAAACAAUUUCGAGUUUAAAGACGAAAUUCUCGUAGCUUGGCGCGCUUAUGGUAUGGGAAAGGGAAAAGAGAUCCCAUUGGAAAUAACAUCAGAAGGUUAGUCUGAUGAAAAUACUCCCUUUCAUCCUUUUUUAGAAUUAUGUCAUCGCGCAAAUAUAUAUUUUUUAUAGUUUGAGUAAAAGGGUGUACUUUUAUCGUUUGUUAUAGCCUUCAAACGCAUGAAAGGCAUCCAUUUCCCACCCUGGUACGCAGGAGGAGCGGCGUCUGCACCCCGUGGGGCUUUGCUUUGUAAAAGACUUAAGUCACUUAGCCCCUUUUUAGAAAUUUAUAGCCCUCGAUUUGUUCUACAAAAUUUUUAAAACGAACAUUGCAGGAUAUGGCGGUUCUGAAGAACAUGUCGUCAUAAGAUGUAAAAAGCAAACGUUUCAUCUGUUCGCGCAGUAAAGUGGACCAAAGGGCACUCUUCACAGGCUGUGCAGAGUGAAGUAUUGAAGUAGGUGAACAGUGCUGUUUAUGGAAAUCUUGUGUCUUUAUAUGUUAUCUACUUCAGAGCAUGGCAUUAGUUGGCUUUCAUCUGAAAUUUCUUCUGGAGACUUUAAACCCCUUAGCCCAAAACCGACUCAGUCAAGGAAGAAGUAA